UUGGCAUCUUUGACAAGGCACCAACGAUCGUCAUCGCAACCAUCACCAACGUCAACUCCAACAAAAGUCGCGAUCCCUCGCAGCGCAACACGGGCGCAAAAACGAAGUCCGGUACCAAAAAAUCGCCUGAUCAGAUAACCUGCACGACAAUUCCCACCAGCAGGGGGAAAAAAAAAAAAGAAAUCAGCCAGCGCAAAGAAGGGGAAAAGAACAAUCAGAAACAAGCGGAUGAAACCCCCGCCCGGCGAAAGAAAAAGAACAAAAAUAAACAAUGAACCAAAUCCGCGCCAUCCAAGCCCUCAACAAGCGCGAAAUCGAAGCCGGCAUCCCGCCCGAAGCCUCCUGGCACGUCGACUACCGCGACACCGCCUUCGUCUACUUUGGCGGUUUGCCGUAUGACCUGUCGGAAGGCGACGUGAUCACCAUCUUCAGCCAGUUCGGCGAGCCGGUCUUUCUGAAAUUGGUGCGCGACAAGGAAACCGGCAAGUCUAAGGGUUUCGGCUGGUUGAAAUACGAGGACCAGCGCAGCACCGAUUUGGCCGUCGACAAUUUGGGGGGCGCGGAGAUUGGCGGGAGAUUGAUAAGAGUCGAUCAUGCAAGAUAUAAGAUAAGGGAUGAUGAGGAUCCGGAGGAGGGGAGGAUUGGGUGGGAGGAUAUGGUGAGGAAGGAGAGAGCGGAGAGGGGGAUGGUGGGGAGUGAGGGGGGUGGUGAUACUGCCGACGAAGAGGAGGAAGAGGAGGAUGAUGACAAAAAGCCGAGGAGGCCGAUGCUAAAAGAGGAGAAGGAGCUGCAGUUGCUUAUGGAGGGUCAUGAUGAUGAUGAUCCCAUGAAGGAGUUUUUGAUUGAGGAGAAGAAGAAAGAGGUGGAGGAGGCGCUGAGGAGGGAGAAGAAGAGGGAGGAAAAGGAGAGGCAUAGGUCUAGUCGGAGACACCGUGACAGGCACGACAGAGACAAGGACAGAGAGAGGGACAGUCGCCACCACCAUCGAUCACACCGGUCACCGAGGAGAGUCGAAGACGUUGACAGCGACAUCAGAGGCCGCGACCGCGAUCACAACCGCACCCGGAGUCGUGGUGACCGUUCCCCUUCUCGUGAUCGCAAAGACAGAGACACGGGCAGGAGCAGCAGAGACGAUCGUGAUCGUGAUCGUGAUCGUGAUGCCGACAGAAAGAGGCCAAUGUCCGAAAGAGAAGAAACCUCCCCUGCCGACAAGAGAAGAAGACGCGAUGACGUGGACGACGACGUGGAAAUGAAAGACGCAAAGCCUGAGGACAGGCGGUCGCGGCGAGAUUCCUCAAGGGAUAGAGGCAAAAAUAGGGACAGAGAGAGGGAGAGGGACCGUGACCGUGACCGUGACCGGGAAAGCCGCCGUGAUCGGGACCGGGAAAGGGACAGAGACGGAGACAGGCACAGCAGCAAACGGCACGACCGCGAACGCGAUACCACAGAAGAUCGCGAACGCCGUCGCCACCGCGAUCGGGACCUGGAGGAUCGGGGUCCCAGGAGCAGACACAGAAGCAGGAGCCCACGGCCGACGUCUAGAGAUUAGACGAGAUAUUCGCUUAGAUGGAGCGGUUGAGAUAUAAUUGCGCUUGGCUGCUGAUAACAUUAUUCACGGUCAGUGCUGGAUAAUCGCUCGCGGCUGGGAUGACUCGGUGAGUACAAGUUGCCUUGUAUUGCCGUGUCUAGGAUAAGCUUUUACUGUCGUUAAGAUAGACCUCAACGGUGCCAUCAGUUAUUUUUGCCGAGUCUCUGGUUUUGCUAGCGAAGUACCAUAAAUACAUCGAUGAUAU